GUUAAUUGUUAAGCACAGUUGAAGUAGUGGAUCCAAUUGAAAAUAUGAAGUUGGUCACACUCAAACUGAAACUUGGACUGAGAUGUCUUGAUUAAUUGUUGGAAGCUUAGCUUAAAAUAAAGCCUUUCUCUUUCCCUAUAUUUCUUUGUCUUUUGGUUUGCAGUUGUAGGGAGAGGACGAUUCCAUAGAGUUGUAGAGAAAGAUCUACUCGAAUGGAUUAUGAAAGGAUACACAAAGUUCAGACUGGCAUAAUUUCUCCAAGUAAGCUGAGGAUGAAGCUGAUGGGGCCUCAUCACAAUAGAAAGAAGGAUGGAUCAAACAGUAACUCUGCAAGAACUUCUCCUUCCAAGCUUGAGGAUUCUGAGUUCGUCAGAAACAGCUUAUUAGCCGCCAAGAAUGGAGAUUUUGAUGAUGAAGUUGCAGCUCCAAGCUUACAAAUCGCCAGUGAGGUAGUUUUGGACCACAACCUAGGUGAUCAAGCUUCUUGCCAGCCAAGGGAAAACACUGAUGUUGGUCCAGUCAAAAUGCAGCAAUUCUCAAAGGGUGAUAGUGGUAAUUCGAGUGCAAUUCACCCAAUGAGAAUGCUUGAAGAUGAUAAUCUAGAUUAUGACAGUAAUGCUAGUUCAUCUAGCUUUGAGUUUCAUAAAGGGGAGAGAUCAGGACACAAUCCCAUUGUGAGAUCAUUUUUGAGACCUAUGCCAUCUAAGUGGAAUGAUGCUGAGAAAUGGAUAAUGAAUAGACAAAUUGUGCAAACUAACUAUUCUAAGAAGAAUACUUUCCACAACCAAGCUUAUAGGUUACCAGUGACGAACAUUGUAAAAGUUGCUCCAGAAUAUGCAACUUAUGAUCAUAAACCAUCAAUUACCAGGGCAGCUGACACGAAGCGAGUAGAUUUUUGCCAACCUGCAUCACAAAUUGCUUUUGAGAAGUUCGCUUUUGCUCCCCCUGGGACGCAUCAAGGAUUCAGAGGUAAUGCAUUGAUUGAUACGUGUCCUCAAAGUAAGGAUUUGACGGAAGUGGGUCAGGGCGAGUUAUCUUCUGCAAAAGGUGCAGCAGAAGAUGCAUCAGUUGUUCCUGCCAUAAGAUCAGUGUGUAUGAGAGAUAUGGGAACAGAAAUGACUCCCAUGACAAGUCAAGAGCCUUCAAGGACUGCGACCCCUGUAGGGGCAACAACUCCACUCCGUAGCCCGACUUCUUCAAUUCCAUCUACUCCUAGGGGAGUAGCACCGGUAUCCACACCUGUGGAGCACAACACAGAUGAUGAAUCACGACGCCCCAUGGAAAAUGGCAAAAGAGAAUUGUCUGAGCAAGAAAUUAAGGAAAAGACAAGAAGAGAGAUUGUUGCUCUUGGUGUCCAGCUUGGAAAGAUGAAUAUUGCUGCUUGGGCUAGUCAAGAUGAGCAGGAAAAGAAUACUUCUUCAGUCAAAACAACUGAUAUGGAGGAGCUCGAGCGAAUUGAAUUUGAAAAACGUGCAGCCGCAUGGGAAGAAGUUGAAAAAUCUAAGCACACAGCAAGAUUUAAACGUGAAGAAAUCAAAAUCCAAGCAUGGGAAAGCCAGCAGAAAGCAAAACUAGAAGCAGAGAUGCAAAGAAUAGAGGCCGAAGUUGAACAAAUGCGAGCUCAAGCUCACGCAAAGAUGGUGAAAAAGAUAGCAAUGGCACGACAAAGAUCAGAAGAGAAAAGGGCAGCAGCUGAAGCGAGAAAAAAUAGAGAUGCAGAAAAAACAGCAGCGCAAGCAGAAUAUAUUCGACAAACAGGACGGAUGCCAUCAACGCAUUUCACAUGUUGUGGUUGGUUGUGAUAAAACUGGAAACAAUGAAUAAAAGAAAAGUGCUCAUACAUUCAUGGAGCUUAUGGUCCAAGAAGUGGUUGUCAUGUAUUCUACAAAAUGACCUGAGUUUGCAUUGUUGAUCUUUGAUAAAGAAAUAUAUAAAGGGUUGUGCUAAAAUCUUAAUCUUCUUUAUCUUUUAAUUUAAUGAAAAAAACCACAGAUGAAAAAUACCCUAAUGUGCUUUUGAUUAUUCAUUGGUAGCUUGU